AUAUCAAAUACAAAUAAGUAAUACGCUUCUAUCUUUCCAACUCCAAUCAUCAGAAACUUAUUUACCAUUUUGACAAUAAAUAUGGCUUCAAAGAACAUGACAACAAUCAUGGCUCUCUGUCUCACCUUCAACCUCGUCCUGGGUUUUACCACCCCGGCAAACCAACCUCAGUGUCCUGUUGACUUGGUCGAUAUCCAGGUUUGCCUCAACGUAUUUACCAAUGUCAUCAAUCCACAAGAUCCGGCUAAUAUCCUCAACCCACAAGAUAAGGCUCAAUGUUGCACUCUCUUAACUAAGCUUGGUGGUCCUGUUGCGGCUUUAUGUUCCUGCGAACUCGCUAGAACCAGAGUUCCUGGCGUAGUAAAUGCAAGCAUCAUCACUGCAUCAGCUAGUCAGUUCCUCAAGGUCUGCCCAGGACCGUACCUCGAGGAUGCUGAUUGGAGCGGGUGAAAGAGAGGGAGAGGGAUUGUACCGUUUCCGAGGGAUUGAGUCUGUGACAUCGCUUCAGUCUACCAUUCGAGAGAAUUCAAUUCUGUGGCAUCAACGUUUUGGACAUCCGUCUUCUCGCAUUACGGGAAUAUUCUCCUCUUUAGAUAGUUCAUCAGUGAUACACGAUGAACAUGUUAUCAAGUCUUGUGAUAUAU